GCUGGAAACAUCUCCCACGCCUUGAGUCUCUCCAGGGAGUUUCUCCACUACGACCCCAGUAACCGAAGGGUGGCGAGGAACGUGGCCAAGUAUGAGAAGCUGCUGGAGACGGGGACGGUGGCGAGUGCCGGACCCCUGCGCCGCCCCAAUGGCACCCGUCUGCAGAGCCGCGAUGCCUACGAGGAGCUGUGCCAGCGCCCGGGGGGGCAGUACCUCCUCCUCCAGCCUGCCAAGAAGGAGGUGGUCCGGAUCCGACCCUACGUGGCUUUGUUCCAUGAUUUCAUCAGCGAUGACGAGGCUGAGACCAUCAAGGGGUUGGCAGGGCCCUGGCUGCAGAGGUCCGUGGUCGCCUCCGGGGAGAAGCAGCAGAAGGCCGAGUACCGGAUAAGCAAGAGUGCCUGGCUGAAGGACACCGCCGACCCGGCGGUGCGGGCGUUGGAGCUGCGCAUCGCUGCCGUCACCGGCCUGGACCUGCGGCCACCCUACGCCGAAUACCUGCAGGGGGGCAACCACGGGGGGUACGAGCCCCACUUCGACCACGCCACGUCCAGGAAGAGCCCCCUUUACAGAAUGAAGUCGGGCAACAGGAUCGCCACCGUCAUGAUCUACCUGAGCGCGGUGGAGGCUGGCGGCUCCACCGCCUUCAUCUACGCCAACUUCAGCGUGCCUGUGGUUAAGAACGCGGCGCUCUUCUGGUGGAACCUGCGGAGGAACGGGGACGGUGACGGGGACACCCUGCACGCCGGCUGCCCCGUCCUGGCCGGGGACAAGUGGGUGGCAAAUAAGUGGAUCCACGAGCACGGGCAGGAGUUUCGGCGGCCUCAUGUCCGAACUUUGGACAGGAAAGAAGCAUCUGGGCUGUUCCGGCAGCUCAACUCGUAA